UUGCGUGCGCGCUCCCGGCACACGACCCGCGCGGGUUCAGGCUCUUUGUGAGUAGGAGGAGGCGGCACCACCGAGAGCACCGGAUACCGGCGUCAGACCCAGCAUGGCGGACGAUAAACCAAAGGAAGGAGUGAAGACUGAGAACAAUGAUCACAUUAACUUGAAAGUGGCUGGCCAGGAUGGCUCAGUGGUGCAGUUCAAAAUCAAGAAACAUACGCCACUCAACAAGCUUAUGAAGGCUUAUUGUGAACGACAGGGGUUGUCAAUGAGGCAAAUUAGAUUCCGAUUUGAUGGGCAGCCUAUCAAUGAGACGGACACACCAGCACAGUUGGAAAUGGAGGAUGAAGAUACAAUUGAUGUUUUCCAGCAGCAGACGGGAGGAAACUUCUAGAACAUGUUUAUUGCCCAAUCCGUCACCUACUGGCUCCACUGUUAAAUUUCCUGACUAUGUUCACCUCAUCCCCCUUCCCUUAUUGUACAUAAACAUAGGGUGGAUGUGUGUUAUUCUAGGGGUUAAUUUUUGUUUGUUUUUUUACGUUUAUUUUGAUUUUGGACCAAGUUAUCCUAAAAUUGUGGGAGAUUUGCACAGUCUCCAACCUUAAUCUUUAUUUUGAUCUAUUUUGUUCAACUUUUAUUCCGGUAAAUUAUUUUGCUGUCCUUUUACAGACCCCCACCCAGUGCUGUCAAAUACAGGCACCUACCUUUGUACUGGCUGGGUUAUCCCUACACUGCAAUAUACAGGCACCUCCAGCAGCUAAUGGGUUAUACUUAUGGGAGCAAACCCUCAUCACAAUUGGGGUAUAAUGUUUUUUUUUUUUAUUAUUAACUGUUAACGAUUUUAUAUCUUUUUGUAUGUAGCUGUUACAUGUAGCUGGGUGCAUAACUAGGAAUGAUGUAAAAAAAGAAAAAAAAACACAUUUUAGGUAGAUAUUCCCUUUCCAACAUCUCGUUGUUUAAAUAAAUCUUGUUUAAAAUAAA